CUUUCUCUUGAAGAGAAAGUAUUACUGUUAUUAGCAGUAGACUGGUGGCGAAUACCCACUAUCCUGCGGGACGGUAAGGUCUUGGUACCUAAUGUAAAGUCCAGUGAUGGUCCAAAUGGCGCAAGAGGGGAAAGUUACGUGAGUAGCGUUAAGGCUACCUGUUUUCCUUGCUCGACAUGCUUAGGCGCCUCAUUCGAUACCGAUGUUGCCUUCCAGAUAGGGCGCUACAUUGCUCUUAAGGCGCUUUUAAAGUCAGCUAAGAUAUUGCUAGCUCCCACAGUCAAUAUGAUCAGAUCCCCGAUAGCCGGCCAUAACUAUGAAACAUUCUCCGAAGAUCCGUGGGCCUUAGGCACACUCGGCGCUACAUAUGUCAAAGGAUCCCAAUCUGUCGGCGUAGCUGCUACCCCUAAGCAUUUUAUCGCUAAUGACGUCGAGAAGCGCAGGCGAUUUCUCUUAGCCGAGGUCGACGAGAGGACUCUAAGGGAAAUUUACUUCUUGCCGUUUUAG